GGGCAGCCUGCAGGAGGACUCUGUGGCAGCAGGCGCAGGCAUCCGAGCGCACGGAGGAGGCAGCCAGAAGCCCCUAGCAAGAUGUGGGUGUCUGUGGCCUCUGUGCUGGGAAUGCUCAGCCUCCUAGUCCAGGCCAGCCCCGAUCCUCUGCCACCACUGACCCGAGAGAAGGCCUCCAUUUUCUCCGACUUGAGCCCCUCGGAGCUGCGGGCGGUCAGAAGGUUCCUGAUGAGUCGCCCUGAACUGGAGCUCCGGCCAAGCAAGGGGGAGCCCCUAGCCAAGAACAGCCUCUUCCUGAUUGAGCUGUUAGCACCAAAGAAAAGCCAGGCCUUGCACCACCUCGACUCCAGCAGGCCACCUCCCCGGCGACGGGCCCGAGCGGUGGUGUUCUUUGGCUCGGGGGCCAGGCCCAAUGUCACCGAGUAUGUUGUCGGGCCGUUGCCUGUGCCAACUUUCUAUCGACCAGCCGGCCAGCCGGUGGCCUACACGGCCAGACCAAUGACGCGAGUGGAGUACAAGCUGCUCUAUGAGAAGCUGGCAGAACACCUUGCCCCUCUGGAACAGUUCCUGCAGGACAUCUCGGGGUUCGGACUUCAAGACUGUGAUGACCGGUGCCUGACAUUCACAGACAUUGCCCCGCGUGGCCUGGCCUCAGGGGAGCGGCGGACUUGGGUCAUGCUGCAGCGCUUUAUCGAGGGCUUCUUUCUGCACCCAGUGGGCCUGGAAGUCCUUAUCAACCACAGAGAGCUCGACCCCUCUCGGUGGUCCAUAGAGAAGGUGUGGUACAACGGGCAAUAUUUCAGCAAUCCCCAGGAUCUGGCAGAGCAAUAUGCGCAGGGCAAGGUGCCCAUCAUUCCUCUCGCUUCACAUCCAGAAAACACCCUCUUCUCCACCUUUGUGCCACGUGGACAGUUCACCACCGGGCCCCCGACAGAUGUGCACGGCGCCAAAGUGUGUGAAACACAUGGACACCGAUACUACGUGCAUGGCAACCUUCUGGAGUACAGCGGGUGGAGCCUCGCUUUCCGGCUGCGCAGCUCGACUGGCUUGCAGCUCUUUGAUGUGAGAUUCAAUGGCGAGCGCAUCGCCUAUGAACUAAGUGUGCAGGAGGCCAUUGCAUUCUAUGGUGGGAACUCACCUGCUGCCAUGCAGACAAAGUACAUUGACGUUGGAUGGGGGAUGGGCAGCGUCACCCACGAAUUGGCUCCGGGCAUCGACUGUCCGGAAGUGGCAACCUUCCUGGAUGCAUACCACCACUAUGACGCUGAUGGGCCAGUCCGCUACCCCCGCGCCAUCUGCAUCUUUGAGCUGCCCACAGGAGUCCCCCUGCGGCGCCAUUUUGACAGCAACUUCCAAGGGGGCUCCAACUUCUAUGCGGGGCUUGAGGGUCAUGCCCUUGUGAUGCGGGCCACCUCCACUGUGUACAACUACGACUACAUCUGGGACUUUCUGCUGUUCCCCAAUGGAGUGCUGGAGGCCAAGGUCCAUGCCACAGGCUAUGUCCAUGCCUCCUUCUACACCCCAGGGGGGACCCACUACGGCACCCGUCUUCAGGCACACCUGCUGGGCAACAUCCACACUCACCUGGUGCAUUACAAGGUUGACCUGGAUGUGGCAGGAACCCAAAACAGCUUCGAGACGGUGGACAUUGCCUUUGAGAACAUAUCACUCCCCUGGGAACCAAGCCACUGGCUGGUGCAGCCACACCUGCAGCACCAGCCACGCCUCUGGGAGCGCCAGGCCACAUUCCCCUUCGGCAAGCCUCUGCCACGCUACUUCAUGUUCUCCAACCCCACCCAGCAGAACCGCUGGGGCCACCCACGGAGCUACCGCAUCCAGCUCAACUCCCACGCUGGCCGAGUCCUGCCACGCAACUGGAAGGAAGAGAACGGCAUCUCUUGGGGCAGGUACCACUUAGCUGUGACUCAGCACCAUGAAAAUGAAGGCGUCAGCAGCAAUCUGUACGUCCAGAAUGAUCCCUGGCAGCCCAGAAUGAGCUUUGAAAACUUCCUCCGUAACAAUGAGCGCAUUGACAACCAGGAUCUGGUGGCCUGGGUGACCGUGGGAUUCCUCCACAUCCCCCACUCGGAGGACAUCCCCAACACUGCCACGCCUGGCAACGUGGUUGGGUUCUACCUGCGCCCCUUCAACUUCUUUGAGGAAGAUCCAUCGGUGGCCUCCCGUCGCACAAUCAUUGUGCGUCCUGGAGAGCCUAGGAGCAAGGAGGAGGUGCGUGUCGAGCGCUGGACUCCGGGCUGGCCGGAGCCCUGUGUUUCGAAGGAGCCAUUCAGCUACAACGGUAGCUACAGCCAGGUAUAGAUCAGAGGGAACGUUCUGACUGUGGAGUGCAGCCAUUGCCAGCUCAAAACACCCAAGGGAAGGACCUCAUCCAGCGAUGCACGUGGCCAGGCAGUGGGCUGGCGAGCAUCAGAAAGACGGAGGAGGAGGAGGAAGAGGAACUCUGCUAUGCCCCCCCCCCAUUGUAUCCUGUUCAAAGUCAGUUUAAGCCACUUCCUCUCCAGGCCUGGCUGUCAGCUUGGCUGCCAACAGUGGGCACCGACAGUGGGCACCAAUCCCCGUGGUAUUCUUCUAGAGCAUGGCCCAGGCCUGGAGAACAUGCACAGCCGAUUUCACUUGCUCCCCCUCCUGGCCCAUUACUGACUCUGCAGCAAAGGUGCAAGAUUUGGACUUGGAAGGCCCACAAGCUGGGAAAGGGGAAAGCCUCACAACCGGUGGGUCCCAGUACAGUGUUCUUCAGCUGCAGAUGUGUAUUUCCCGAAGAGGGUGACCUUUAAAGCGUGGAUCCCCCUUUGUACAAUGUGAAUCCGCUCUCCUACCCCACAGGGCUGUUGUGAAAAUGAAUGAGAUAAACCUUUCAAAGCA